AUGUACCGUAAAGGUAUGGCGCUAGUGGCGAUGGUGAUCGUUCUGCCGACGGUUACAGUCAUGUGUGCUGACGGUGAUAGUGAUGACCAUAUCUCUGGGGCAGGUGGCCUCAAGGAAGCCAUACAAGAUCUGUACGCCGAGAUCAUAGCGUCUGAGAGCGACGGCGGCAGCGGUGUCGGCGGUGAUUCGUCCGCCAGUAGGUUAGACGACGUCGCGUCUGCCAAAGCGAAAUUCGUGUCGGACAGCCUGCGCCGAAUGAUCGGCAGCAUUGACACGACCGACGGGACAGUUAUAGACAACGAUAGCGACAGCGAAACGGUCGAAUGGAAACUGCGCAGCAAGCAAAAAGAGAUGAUCGACGCGAUCAAACGGUACGAGGAGACGCACGGCGUCAAGGUCAGCGAGCGGGCGGCGAAGCACGUCAACUGGCUGAUGGACAAAUGCAUGGAAAGCAUAGCGUUGAGAAAGAAUGAGCCCGUGGACGGGACCGAGACAACGGCGGCCGCAGUCAAGCAGAUCAAGCAUGACGACAUGUGUGCCCUGCAGAAGUGUUUUGACGAUUGGUUGGACCGGUUCGAACAAUUGAGGAUGUCGGACGUAACGGCGGUCAACCGUCGUGGUAUCUACGGCCACAGGUCCUCGACUACGUCGCUGUCGAUUCCCCGGCCACCACCGACGCCGCGGCCACCACCACCGUCAAGGACGCCACUGACGACAAAGCCACCACCGACACCUCAGCGGACGACCCGUUUGGUCGGCCGGUUCAAGUUCAAGCAGUUCACCAACAAACAACCCCGCGUUGAGAUCGCCAAAGCCGUCACCGAAUACCAGUGA